AUGCCGCGUCAGUCGAAGAAGGGUGCUCAGCAAGCGGCCAAGGCGGGCAAUGUGGAGCGUGAUCAUGCAGCAAAAGGCCAUCAGUCGGAGCCGGCGACGCCGAAACCGAUGUUGAAGGAGGUGGAAGGCCCCUUUGCGGACGACGUGCGUAUCUCUCUGGUGAAGAAGUUAACGGCUCUGAAGUUUCCACCCACGGCUUCCUCUGCUGGAGGAGGGGAGGACAGUGCUGCAGAAGAGAAGGACGAAGCAACUGAGGUUACACCACCGGCUGUUGAUCCUGUGGCUCCUGUGGUCGGGGAGGAAGAAGAAGAGGAGGAAGAUGAUGGAUAUCUCAGUGACGACCCGGAAGAACGCUUCGAUCCUGUGAAGGCUGGGGAGAUCGCUGCGCGUGCGGGUUUCUCGAUCACGCUUCUGGUUCCAAUCAAGUACGAGGAGGAGGUCCCGCGCACCAUUGAUACGGUCAAGGGUCUGCUAGCGCUGUGGAGGAGGAGCAUCUCGGCACAUGUCCUGGACGAGGUGCCAGGUCCUGUUGCCGGCGUGGCUGUCGAAAAAGCGAUGUUGGAUGAGAAGAAGAUCUUUCUGGAUUGGCAGCAUCCCGAGAAUCCUACCUAUACUCACAAGCGUGCGACAAACCCGGAUUCAAUCGAAGUGCUGCUGAAGAGUGUCCUGGCUGCGAUUACGCCGGAGAUGGUGUACGAGUAUUUGGUGAAGACGGUUUUGGAGAAGCGCAGUCGUACUCCUUUCCUCAGUGGGGCUGCCUUUCAUCGGGUGGUGGAUCCUAGGACGGGUGCAGACACGGACAAGAUAAGGGGCCUGGUUAAGGGGCACCCAGGGGAUAAGUAUCGUUGGAUCUUACGCGACCCAGCGGUGGUGCUGGUCUCCACUGGAGGGAGCCGGGAGGACUGGCUCUGCGUGAAGGAGGCGUGCGACAAGGCUCAUGGAUCCAGUUUCUCACAGGCGAUGGCGCAUGUGAAGUCGGUCCAGCACUGCACGGCUCUGCUGCAGGGGGAUGCGGCAAGCAGGAAAAGCAAAGGGAUGAUGAACUUUAUCCCAGUUCGCAAGGAGUUCGGCCUGCAGCAUUAG